CGCGGAUCCGGAGGCUGGCGCUGGCGGCCUGAGCGAGCUCGCGCCGAGCUCGGACACUGCGCCUGCGCCGCGGCAGAGACUCGGCUCUACCGGGUCAGCUCCCCUCCGACACCCCGGCAACGCCGUCUACUCACCCCUUUGAGCCGCUUGACCAGGGCACUCUUCUGCCCGCUCUUGGCUAGGCCUCGCUGCUCCAGUGCGGCCUUCAGGUCGGUCACCCGCAGCGCCUGAAGAGGCUUCCCGUCCAGAGUCACCUCCUCCAGCUCCGCCAUCUUGCGUGAGGUACUCGGGUCCGUCCCGACGGCUUCGGGCAUCUUCGGUAAUUUCCGCCAACGCCCUUCGAACGUACCGAGUUGGCCCCGCCCACUUCCAUAGUCAACCCCUCGAUUACCACUCAGAACUCCCCGGGUUCCUCCGGAAAUUCUCGGGUGUUUCCGUCUCCACAUCGGCACCAAUUGGUUCUUUCCAUCCUCCUAGUCGCUCCCCCUCCCUCAUCCUGCUUUCAGAGCUCGGUUCUCUUCGUCUUACCGAGGCUUUGAAUCGAAUCUGUUCGGAAGCUCUCGACUCUGGCAUAACCAUAAUCGGAAUUAUUCGGCUAUCUCCGGACCUAAGGCUGAGACGCUGUGGCGCUUGGGUGUUUGGGGCUGGUCCGGGACCGGAAGUGCGUGGGCUUCCCGGCUGGCCCUCCUUAGGGUUUUUAGGAAACCUGGAAGCGGCGGCGAUAGUUGAAGUCUAAACACUCUUGUGACGGUCUCCGGGUGCCCUGUGAGAGGAAAGGGGAGGUAAGCGGGGUAGAAGUACCUCCCUGGGCCGGGUCAGACUCGGUGUUUACGGGCUGCCCUUAGUAGGGCAAGCCUCCCGCUCCCCUACGGAAACAGCUGCCGCCUCCCAUCCUCCGAAUCCCCGCCACUCCCAUCUAAGGCUACGUUGCUCUUUGGGACCACGGAAUGCCAGGCUCCGUGGCCUCCAAAGUGGCAAGCGGCAGCACCGUGUCUUUCGACCCAGCCUGUGAACUAAUUCGUGAUAAUUGAACUUGAGCUUGCCGUGGAAGCCAUGUCGCGAGACUCGGGAAAAGUUAGCCCUUUCUUCGAGUAAGAGAAUAAAAUUCCUUUAGGAGGAAUUGCUUCUUGUAGGGCCACUGUGAAAAGGCAACUUCGGCUGGACCGUUUUGGUACAGAACUGAUGUUAAUUGCUUCGGGGUUCCUUUGUCACUACAAACACUCCAACUUAGAGCAGAAGAAACACAAACAGUAAAAUAGGUCGUAAACAAGUAGUUUGUUUUCCUUGUUAGAGAUUCAAACUGUGGGAUUUGAAAACUAUUCAAGUUGGCUGACCUUCCAGUUGCAUUAGUGAUGCGAAUCAAUGGCAAGUCAUCAAUAGGUAUUAUAUUAAACAUGAAGGAAAAUUGUUCAGACAUGAAUUGUCACACAGCUACAACAGUAUAACAGUUGUUAGAUCCCUAAGCCAACAAACCAAUCAGACUGUUUUUUCAGUACUGAAUAAACACUUGGCUUCUUCUGUUUUUCUUACUUUGUUAUCUUAUUUUGGACAAGGCGCCUUCACUAACUCUGCUCUUUAAUUUUUCCUGGUGCUUUACAGGAAAUAUAAGAAAAUAAUGGAGUUAUGAAGUUCUUGGCAUAUUUCAGAGGCUACAUGCACAUUGCGGAGAAGGCUCUUUCGUCAUAUAUGAUGUUUUCCCUUUCUUUUUUUUCCUUCUGUUGAUAGCUCUGGAAUGAUUAGCAUCUAGGCCCUGACCAGCUGCUUGGAUGCCACUGGGAUCAUCUUCCUCUUCGAUGCCGCUACCCUUCCCUUCUCCCUUACCCUCGGUACCAGACAAUAUUUCUAACUCUUCCCCUCCCCCAAUGUCUUACAUCACUUCCCAGGAGAUGAAGUGUAUUCUUCACUGGUUUGCCAGCUGGUCAGGUCCUCAGCGUGAACGUUUCCUACAGGACCUGGUAGCUAAGGCAGUACCGGGAAAAUUGCAGCCACUGCUGGAAAGUCUGGAGCAGCUUAGCGUGUCUGGAGCAAACCGACCACCUUGUAUCUUUGAGUGCCAGCUACGUCUUUGGGAUCAGUGGUUUCGAGGUUGGGCUGAGCAGGAGCGCAAUGAAUUUGUCAGGCAGCUGGAGAUCAGUGAGCCAGACUUCGUGGCAAAGUUUUACCAAGCAGUGGCUGCUACCGCUGGUAAAGACUGAUAGGCAUUAAAAUCAAAGAAGAUAACCAGAGCUAAUGGAGCCGAGGCCACAACUUUACCAUGAGAACUUCAAAUGUAUCACUUAAAGGCCUGGGGAUGGUGUCCCGAUCAGCUGACUGAACUUGCUGACCAAUACAAGCCUGGUGAUUUCAACAGCCGAUCAACUGGAUUCCUAGUGUAAAUGUUUUCCAUCUAAGCAAAUCCAGAUCAGCAAUCUGUCUCCUAGCUUACUUGCUUCCAAGAGAUGUCAAACCCUCAAGAAUUUAAAGGCUGCUUUUACAACUAUAACCGAAAGGAAUCUACACAUUAUAACUCAAGCCUACUGCCGGCCCAUAGGGGUAUAAAAUAGAGCCCUUCUACUCCAGAAACAAGAGAGAAGGACAAUAAAAGGUCAUGUUCUUAUAAUUUAGCUGGAUUCAGAUGGCUGCUUUCACCACUGUUACCAAAUUCUGGCAUAAUUAUGUGAUAUCCCAACUACUAGCUUUCCUAGUGAUGAUUUAGUAAACUUAUGGAAAAAUCAGGAGGUGGAGAUAAUUAGCUACUCCUUCCUCCACACUGAUGUUGGUAUGAAUCCAAGUAGCAAUGAUUUUUUUCUAAAGUAUAUAUGACAUCCUUGGAGCUGGUAGCAGAUGUUCCUAUUCUAUAAGUUUGCUUUACAACAAUAUGAAAACAAGUGACAUUCUUUACAGGUUGAAGGGUUUAUUUUUUGUAUCAAAAUAAAGAACAGAUUUUCAGAACCGUAA